CCGAUUCCUUGCCUCUUCCCCGUUUAAAUCAUGGAGCAUCAGCCGCUGUUCCCUAUUCCCGGCAGCCGAGCCCCUGCGCGCGCAUCCUCCCGCGCAGUCCCCAGCGCCACCGGCCAACCUCGCCGGCCGAGCUUCCUCGCCUUCAAUCCUUAAGCCGUCGCGCCCCUCAGCUCGCUGGCCGUGACCUCGCCAAGGUUUUUCCCAUGGCCGGCUCACUGCUCAACCCAAACCGAGGUCUUGUACGAAACAGCAUCUCCCAUGGCCGCUGCGUCGCGUUCCUUGUGCUAGCGCAGCUGAACGUCAUACUGCGCAGUGUUUUGUCCGACGUCGAGCUUAGCUCAGUCUCUGUUUCUCUGUGCACGUCGAGUUCCUUGCCGCGCGCUGAGCUUUCUGUCGGUCUCCAACUCGCCAUGGUGUCCAACUCCUGUACCAACCGUGACCUACGCUUGGUCUUCCUAGCUGCGUUGACCUGCGUCGACCUCUGCUCACUUCGCUCGGGAUGUCGUGCUGGGUCGCUCCAUACUUGGUGCACACCCAGCCGGGCGUCGCGAUGUUGUGCACCAUGUGUCACCCGUCAUCCUCAUCCUCACCAUGGCCAGCAGCUUCAAAAACAUGGACGCCCAAGCCUUUUCCCCAUCUUUCACGCCCACCUCGGUCUUCAUCCUCAACCUUUGCCAGGAAUUCGGUUAAUUGGGCGAACCAGAAGAUCUCCAGAAUUUUAUGGAUGAAGAAGAAAAUAAAGUCGAAGAGUGACGCUCGCUACAUGCUCGACGAAAGGCGUGAACUGAAGAUUUAUCACUAUUCCUCAAUUGCCGAAUUAAAUUUUAUUGAGGUGAGUGAUUCGCUACUCCUCCAUAAUAGAUCGAAGCAUGGAAUGGUUUCGUAUAUUAGAUGCGAUAAUUUUCUUGUCGUGGUUAGGAUGCGUUGUGGCUGUAUUAAAUAUUCGUUGAUGUAUCAUAUGUGCGAUGUAUGUUUGAAUUGGUGACGAGAAGGAUAGGUCUAGUAUUUUUAUUGACUAGCCAU